GUACGCUUGUUUAACAAUAGCAACCUCAUCUAUUAGUGAUCUAUUGUUCUAAAUUAAAAGUAUAAAAGUGUCUAAAAGUAGAUCUGGUAGUUAAAGCACGGAUUUUAUUUUUUUUUUGCCUUAGCCAGGAAAACCAAUGAGUUGAAUGAGUUAGCUGCUACCAGAGUCAGAGUUCUAUAUGAUUGAAGUAUCACUAUUAUCAUUACAAUGGCCUGCGCAAACAAUAAUGGUUCACAUGUACCUUUACUGAGUUUAUACACUGAAAAUGAAAUUUGUAAAAACCACAAGUUGGUACAGAAAGAGCUGCACAGUAUAAGCCAGUCCAAUCCAAAUACUAGGAUCAUUUCAAAAGAUGAAAGACUUGAAGUUUUGCUCCAACCAGUCCACCAACAAAAUAUUUAUCUCAGAAUUCUAUUACAAGCGGGGUAUCCAGAAGUGCCGCCAGAGAUUUCAAUUUCUUCAGACUGUCUCACUAAAACAGAAACAGCCAACCUUCAAAAAUUAUUGACUGGCAAAGCUUUAAUCUCUAAAGGUCAACCUAUGUUAGUGACUCUAAUGAGUGAAGCUUGUCAGUAUUUGCACAAAAGUGAUCAGGCCAUAGCAAUACCGGUUGAUUAUGCAGCCAAGAAGCCCAAACAAAAGUCAAACAAACAACUAGAGAAAAAGGCCAAAGAUAUUUCAAAUGUCACAUUGGGAAAAGAAAGAAAGAAUCAAAAGGGGGAAAAAAGAAUACCUAUCUCAGAUUUCAAUGAUAGCGAAACAAAACUUGAUGGGCUCAAUCCUUCUUUAAAUAUAGAAUCAAGUCCUAUGCCAAGUCCUACAGUCAAACGACCAACUCACUUCAUUGCGAUACGAAUAAAUGACCAAACUGUGGUUGAAACUUUAAUGAAGGUUCAAAAGCAGCUUGUGAAUAAAGAGCCUUUAUUGUCCAAAGGUCUUUUUGCCAAGGAAAUUUUUCACUUAACUUUAUGUUCAUUGGGUUUAGACACAGUGGAAGACAUUGUUAAAUGUGUUAAAGUCCUUGAUAAUAUGAAACCAGACUUAAAGGCACAUCUACCACAAAGUAAUCUUCUUAUUCAUGGCAUAUCACAGUUUUAUAACAGAGCCAUCUUCGCUAAAGUCACACAUGGAGAUGACUUUCUGAGAUUUCACCAGAUGCUACGAGACAGAUUGAAAUAUUCAGAUGUAGAGAUCAGAGAUGACCAUGCAGAGUUCAAUCCACACGUCACGCUCGUUAAAUUGAAACGACCAGAAAGAAAGUUGUUGGGGAAUAGAAACAUUGAACCCUCAAUAUAUUCUCAUGUCAAGGAAACAGUGUUUGGUGCGCAAACAUUUUACAGCCUCUACUUAUGUCCCAUGGAUGGCCAGAGAAGACCUGAUGGAUUUUAUAUGACUCUGCAUGAAGUUAAUUUAGAAUGAUUGUCCUGAACUUUUAAUGCAAAAAUGUUUGGUCUUUAGGGCAGAUGAUGUAGUCUUCUGUUUCUGUGGCCUAUGGUUAAUGAGGGUGUUGUGGCCAGCACAAUGACCAGCCGCCUUCACUUUUCCCCAACUAAUGUCGGGUACCCACUAGAGAUGGAUGGACUCCCAAAAUAAAAAAUCACAGUCUUCACCAGGAUUCGAACCUGGGACCCCCGAUUCAGAAACCAAGCACUUUACUGCUCAGCCACCGCGCCUCUGUUUUCUGAAUGACUCCCAACAUAUCUUUGUAGAAAUGUGUUAUUUUUUUAGAAAUUAAUGACUACUACUAUAUGUGAUAUGUGCGCAUCAUAGCGUGAAUGUGGAAAGGUGCGAAUGCAUGUUGAAAGGGUUUAAAAGACAAGAAUCCAAAUAUGGGGUAAGGUAAAACAAAUUAUUAUUGAUAUAUUAUGAAUUGUUACUCAAGAUUAAAGUCUUCAUCAUCUACUACUUGAGUCUGUAUGUGUAUAAUUAAGUCACAUCUGCUCACAACAGUAUGAUAAUAAUGAUAGCAAUUGUUUAUUUACUUUUGUGCCAAAUAAAAUACAAUUCUGUAGAAAUUUUUUAUUUUUGGAGAAAUUAAAGACUGCUACAUGAUAAUAAUGAUAACAAUUUUUCUGACUUUAGUGCUAAAUAAAAUACAGAUUGUUCAACUUGAA